AUGGGAUAUUGCCCGUCUGUGCCGGAGGACAUCCAGCACUACUGCUGCGCCUCGUGCGCGGGCGCAUCAUACGACUCCCUCCGGGACUCGCGCAAAGGAGGGAGUCGCGAUAGGGGGUCCGGCGACGGCUGCAGCAACGACGAUCAGUGCUUGUCUGGCGCGUGUCGCGACUGGAGCAACUUUGACAAGCGCUGCUGCCCGCACGGCCACGGCAACAGGUGGGACCAGUGCGGCAACCUCCCCUCAGGCAGCGCGUGCAAGAACUGGGAUGGUUCCCAGUGCCAGAGCGGCCGCUGUCACGACUGGACCUGCACCAGGGCCAAUAGAGAGAAUGGCGAGAGUUGCGGCGCUGACGGGGAGUGCUUGUCUGGCGCGUGUCGCGACUGGAGCAACUUUGACAAGCGCUGCUGCCCGCAUGGCCACGGUAACAGGUGGGACCAGUGCGGCAACCUCCCCUCAGGCAGCGCGUGCAAGAACUGGGAUGGUUCCCAGUGCCAGAGCGGAUGGUGCCACGACUGGACCUGCACCACGGGCACUAAACAGACCGGCGAGAGUUGCGGCGCUGACGGGGAGUGCUUGUCUGGCGCGUGUCGCGACUGGACUAACUUUGACAAGCGCUGCUGCCCGCACGGCCACGGCAACAGGUGGGACCAGUGCGGCAACCUCCCCUCAGGCAGCCCGUGCAAGAACUGGGAUGGCUCGUCCUUGCUGCUUUACUUCUCUUUCCUGACACAGAGGUGCUUGGGCGCUGGAGCCGGCAAAUGCAUCGAUGGCAAGUGCAGGCAUGGUGCGCCAUGCGAGGUCUGCAGGGUCGACGGCCUCACUCCGCGCCACUCGGACUGCGGAGACGGCCUCUGCAACUAUGAACCGGGGUGGUUCUUUGGCUUUUUUGGUUCCGGCCGGUGCGAUUCGUUGCCCCCUUACUUCUGCCUCGGUAUCGACGACGUCGAGUACUGCGCCGCUGACAGCAAUGUCGGCCACGGCCGCCGGGAGUACCACGGCGACAACCAUCACACAGUCGAAUUUCCAAAUGGGGAGAUCGAGGCGUGGAUUUCCUGCUAA